AACAAAGCAGGAGGAGGGAGAUGGAUGGGCUGGGAGGGUGGAGGGCCACGUGGUGCCAUAAAGCCCAGCCAGAGAGGGUCUGUCCAGAGGGUGUCCAGCCAUCAAGAGCCAACAAUCAGUGGCCCAGCAGCCUUUUCGACCUGAAGCCGAAGCCGCAGGCCCAGGGCUCAGGCCAUGUUCCGAAGCACGCCAGGACUAGGCCUCAGGGGCCUGAAGCGGGGUGAGGAUUCCGUGGAGGACGUGGGGCGUUCUUGCCCCGAGGUUGGCAGGGAUUUCGGAGCGCUGAGGCGCAGCCUGGACGAGGCAGAGGAGGCGACCGGCAGGAAGCGCGAGCGGCCAGCGCGGUCCAAGGCGCGGCGCAUGGCAGCCAACGUGCGGGAGCGCAAACGCAUCGUGGACUACAACGAGGCGUUCAACGCGCUGCGCAGGGCGCUGCAGCACGCCCCGGGCGGCAAGAGGCUCUCCAAGAUCGCCACGCUGCGCAGGGCCAUCCGCCGCAUCGCCGCGCUCUCCCUGGCCCUGCGCGCCAGCCCCGCGCCCCGCUGGCCCUGCGGCCACCUGGAGUGCCACGGCCAUGCCGCCCGGGGCGCGGAGGCCGGGGACCCGGGCCCCAGCGGGCCGCCUGCUGCGGCGCCUGGCCUCGCGCGCAGGGACCUCGCCAGCCCCUCGGCGCCGCGCCGCGCUCCGUGCUCCCCGCUCGCGCCCUCGGGGCGGCCCAGGGUGGUGGCCGAGGUGCCCGGCUUGACCCAAGGCUCCGGGGGAAGCUGGCGCCGAUGUCCCGGGGCGCCCCACGUUGGACCCAUUCCGUGGCGGUGGGGCUCCGCGCUGGGCUACCAACACUCCUGACCCGGCCCGCGGCAUCCGGAAGCCUGAGUGACUACAAAGGAGAAGACCGCAAAACCAUCCCCAACAGGGCAGAACCGAGUGGCUUGCGACCCCAGUGGCGGGGGCCGCCUUCCCAGCGGGGCGGGCGCCUUUGCUUUCCUGUGCCCGGGAGGCCUCUUCCCUUGCUGCCUUUGGACUGUGGACUUGCGGGGUCGUGUGGGUAGGCAGCUGCUGAGGGCAGAGGGUACACGCUGUGGCCCCCGUCCCCUGACUGGGCUGCUGCCGAGCUGAGAGAGGCCCGGAAAACGAGCAAAUAAAAAGGAGAAGCGUCUUCUCUGUCUGCCGGGGAAAGGCUCAGAAUCAGCGGGCUGCCUUGGGAGGGUGGGCAGGACCUACAGCCCCCGGGUGGGCACCUGGGCACUGGUUUAUCGCCAGCCGUUGGGAAUGGUCGUGCGCGGUGAGACGGGGCCCGGGGAGGA